AUGAGUGCAGAUCCAGCUCUGCCCCAAUGCACGCCUGGCCCCAAAGCACCCAGUUCAAGGGACUCUUCUCCAAUGCCUGAGAUUUAUGGGCCUGAAGAAAAUUAUGCGUCCCUGCAAAUGUCAUCUGUUCAGACACCCCACGCGGAGACAGUCUCUCCUCUUCCUGCAUCCAUGGAUCUGCGUAUUCAGGACAGCCCCGACUCCUCCACCAGUCCCAGGGUAAAAGUACCACCCACUUCCGGGGAGGAGAGAACAGUGAGGAAGGAAGAUACGGCCCAGGGCAAGAAACAGAAGAUCAGGACCGUGUUCUUUCAGGCCCAACUCUAUGUCCUCAAUGGUCGAUUUCAGAGACAGAAAUACCUCAGUCUCCAGCAGAUGCAAGAACUUUCCAACAUUCUGAACCUUAGCUAUAAGCAGGUGAAGACCUGGUUCCAGAACCAGAGAAUGAAAUGUAAGAGGUGGCAGAAAAACCAUUGGCCAAAGGAGAGCAAGAGUGUGACUCAGAACAGCACAGCAACCACACAAUACCCAGGCUUCUAUUCCUACCACCAGGGAUACCUGAGGAACACUUCUGGAAACCUUCCACUAUGGAGCAACCAGACCUGGAACAGCCAGUCUUGGAGCAACCACUCCUGGAACGGCCAGUCUUGGGGCAACCAUUCCUGGGCCAGUCAGACCUGGUGCCCCCAAGCCUGGAACAAUCAGCUCCAGAACUGUGGGGAGGAAUCCCUGCAGCCCCAGAUCCAGUUCCAGCAAAAUUCCAUCAGCGAUUUGGAGUCCAUCUUAGCAACUUCUGGGGAAAGCCAUAGUGUAAUACAACAAUCCGCUAAGUAUUUUAGUACCCAGCAAAUAAUGGAUUUGUUCCCAAAUUACUCUGUGAACAUAGAGCCUGAAGAUGUGUGACGAUGAGUAUAUUAUUCGAUCUCAGUUUGGGUGGUGGCUGUAUUACUUCUAGGCUUUGUCUUCUAGGGUCCUCUAUAGAUCUCGGCCUCGAUAAUCUGUUUCCCAUUGUUCUUAUUGUGUCCACUGAGGGGGUACGAUUGGAGUCAAAGAGGUUUCAGGAGCGGUGGCUGCUCUGGACAACAUGAGAAAAGGUGUUUCUGGCUAUAGGUGACUAGAUACAAUCCUAAUGUGGAUCUCUUUAGGUUCUAGAAUCUAACCUCAAGAAUAGGAAGUGAAGAUACAAAGACGUGUGAUGAAGGAUAAUUUGUAUUUUCUGAGAUUGUGAGGCUUUUCUUGUUAAUAACCUCAAUUACUACCGGUGAGGGGUUAAGCUAUCGUGUGCUUCAUUGAUUUCCUCUGUCCCUUGUGAUGUUUUACUAGCACUGUUAAUUUGUUCAUUAUUCUAGGAUUUGUAGAAAGAUGUUUUGUAUUUUAAUGUAUCAUGAUAAUAGUACCCGUUUGGCUGAUUGGUUUAUAGGUUUAAGUACAA